AUGGGGUCAGCGUGCACGGAGCAAGCUAACGCCCUCGCCACGCGCAUGACUUAUUUGGCUGCGCUCGCCUCCGCCCUCGGCACCCAUGUGGUGAUCGAGCAGCCCGCAAGCUCAAUCCUUUGGAACAUGGUGCCUGUGCAAAGAAUGCUCAAGUACAUAUCUGCCAGGUCUGCAAAGGCUGACAUGGGGGCGUACGGUGCACCGACGAGGAAGGGGCUCGUCUUCAAGGGCGACUUGCCUG